GAGGCUCCCAUCAAUGGCGCUCUCCUUCUGCGGGCUGCGCCAGGCCGCCUUCCUGCGUGCUCCCCGCCGGUUUCUGCUCAGUUGGCCGCGGCUGUCCUCCAGAGAGCCUUCGCAAGAGGAGAACGUGAUUCGGAUUCCCCGCGCUUGGCAGCUGCAGUUGCAAAAAGUCGAGUCUAAAGCGGCGCGAAGAGCCCGCCUGGCGGCCGCCGCUGCCACCCCAAACACCCGGUCCGGGAAGCUGAUGCUGAGGAGCCGGAGGCAGGAACUGAGCCAAAGCACGAGGUUCGUUUUAGGGCGCUGGGAACGGCCACGCUUGGUCUCGGACGGCUGGAAAAAUCGCUUGUCCCGGGGGGAUUAUUUCCAACUGGAGCGGACGAGACAGGAGCCGCCCCAGGAACGAGACGAAGCCAAUUCUCCCUCCUCUUUCCAAGAGCUGGGAGUGGAGCCGCGGAUCGCCUCCGCCUUGCAGGAUGCUUUGGCCAUCUCUCAACAUACCGCCGUGCAGAAGCGGGCCAUCCCUGUCCUGCUGGGCGGGCACAACGCCUUGUGUGCGGCAGAGACUGGCAGCGGCAAGACCCUGGCCUACCUGCUGCCCUUAAUCCAACGGCUCCUCCAAGGACAGAAUUUGUUUUCAAGACAUGCUUCUGUGGUCUCCCCCCGCGCUUUGGUAGUGCUGCCCUCACGGGAGUUGGCAGGACAAGUGCAGAGUGUGGCUUCUUACUUGUGUGUGAGGUUGGGCUUGCAAGUGAGGGAGAUCGGCGGAGGCCGGGGCAUAGGCGCUGUCCGACGGAAACUGCAUUACGGACCCAUUGAUCUCCUGGUGGCCACACCGGGUGCUCUGUGCAAGGCUUUGCGAAGGCGGAUGCUGUCCCUGGAGAAAUUGUGCUUCCUGGUGCUGGAUGAAGUGGAUACCUUAUUGGAUCCCUCGUUUUUCGACCUGGUGGAAGACCUGCUUCAGCAGACUCUUCUCCCCACCAGAGGUGAGGAAGUAAAUAAUGACUGGGAUCCAAAAACCCAGCUGGUGGCUAUGGGAGCCUCCCUCCCAAAGGGAAUAAGUGAUCUGUUGAGCAAGGUCACUGACAUAAGCAACUUCAGCAUCCUGACGAGCUAUUAUUUGCACUACCUUCAGCCUCAUGUUGAACAAAAGUUCAUGCGCCUGAAGGGCAGUGACAAAGUGACUGAGCUGCUGCAGCUCCUCAAAGAUCGAGGCCCCACCUCUGGUGCUGUUCUGAUUUUUUGCAGCGGUGCCAGCACCGUCAACUGGCUUAGUUAUAUCUUAGAUGACCACAAGGUGAAACACCUCCGCCUACAGGGAGAGAUGCCAGCAGAUAUGCGAGCCAACAUCUUCACUCACUUCCAGAAAAGACAAUUUGACAUCUUGGUAUGCACAGACAUAGCCUCUCGGGGACUGGACACGACACAGGUGGAGCUAGUGGUCAACUAUGACUUCCCGCAGACGUUGCAUGACUACUUGCAUCGGGUGGGGCGAGUGGGCCGCGUAGGCAGCAGGUUUCCGGGGACUGUUGUCAGCUUUGUCACCCACAAGUGGGACGUAGACCUGGUGAAGAAAAUAGAAACUGCUGCUCGCAAAAGGGCUCCACUGCCAGGCAUGGAAUCUCCAGUUAAGAAAGUCUGAGGAAAGCUGAAGUCUAAAAUAGCUUUUGAAACGUGUGACCUCAUGGUUCUGAUCAAAGGUGCAGCAUAAUGUUUUGUACAUUUAACUUGAGGAUCUGAACAGCCAAAGAAAUGGCAAUUCCCCUUAAGAAACCUGUGAUAAAUAAAUUUGCAAGCGUAAACAUCUGCUUCCAUGGAAUUGCUUGACUUGCAUGGGUUGAGGUUUGUUUGUGAUGGCUGUGUUUGUGGACUCGGUUAGAA